AUGGAUGACGCAAGGAGAAGAGACAAGGAAGCCUUCGUGACUGGUCUCUCAGGGUCUGAUAUAACCGAGAUCUAUGUGAUUUUAUGGAUUGUAGUGGCAUCAUACACACUCCAACAAUUAACAGCAGUCAAAUUUUGGCAUAAGAUUAAGCCAUGGACACGACUAGUACUCGAAUACGCUAUGCUGGUACUCCCCGUCAUUGCAUCCGUGACAUUGGCAGAAUAUAACAACACUCUGCUGGUGAUGCUACUGGCGUUGAUCGUGACUCUGAUUGUGUUGGUACGCACGCCACGAUAUUCUCUGCCUCCGUCAUUUGACGGCCCGAGAUUUGGAUUCUUGGCUGCUUUUAGAGCCUCGUUGCAGAUUGUCACGAUCGUGUGUAUACUGGCUGUGGAUUUCAAGGUGUUUCCGAGACGGUUUGCGAAGGCUGAAACGUACGGGACGUCUUUGAUGGAUUUAGGAGUAGGCUUGUUCGUUUUCUCAAUGGGAAUCGCUGCUGGACCUAGACUCAAAUCUACAUCCACGUUAUUUGCAUCGAGAAUGCAGUCUGCGGUCAUGACUUCGAUACCAGUAUUGAUUAUUGCGGGGGUUCGUACUGUUGCUACCAAAAGCUUUAACUACAAUGAGCAUGUAUCAGAGUAUGGAGUACACUGGAACUUUUUCUAUACUUUGGGUAUACUGCCAGUGAUCAUUGGCGCUGUGUUUGCUAUAUUUCCAUUGAAUGCGAUACCUGUUGUGGCAGUUGGAAUGCUUGCAGGGUAUCAGUAUGCACUGGGGCUCGGGAUUGAACGUUACAUUCUAUAUGCAGCUCGUACCAACUUCGUUAGUGCCAAUCGUGAAGGGCUUUGUAGUCUGUUUGGGUACUCGACCAUCUUCCUAAUCGCUUCAUACAUCGGAUCAGUACUUCUAGUCCCUUCAACAGACGUUCGAGAUUUCUCCAAAUGGAGACGCCAUUGCAUCUACCUGAUGUUUGCAUCCAUCCUACUACAUCAUUCAUGGACAUACCUAGCAUCAUACCAAAACAUUCAAGUCUCUAGACGGAUAGCAAAUGCCCCAUACGUGAUAUGGGUUGUUGAAUGUGGAUGUUGGCUUGUGGGAUUGUUUCUGGCUAGUGAUUUAACUGUUGCAUGGACUUGUCGGCCUCGUAGGAUUGAUAAAAACAAGUUGGAUUCGAUUGAGAUGGAGUCUUGUGCUCCUGUACUGCUGGAGGCUGUUAAUUAUAACCAGCUGGCGACUUUCAUGCUGGCAAAUGUCGUUAUGGGGCUCAUCAACUUAUCUAUGGAUACCAUAAAUGCAUCGCCUCGGGUUGCCAUUAUGGUCAUUGUUGGAUAUAAUCCAUUAUCUGAAAAAGAAGUCAAGAUAAGGGCUGAUACCAACCACUCGACUUCACCUCCACCAACAUCUUCACCACCACCACCAACACCAACAUUAUCAAACUCGCCACUGCAACUACAACCAAAGCCACUAUCGGACUUCAAAACGGUAUGCAAGCUUGGACGUGGCGCUCAGGGAGCCGUGUAUUUGUUCUCGACUACAGACUCCAGUAAAAACUUGAAGACUGAAAUCGAAUGCAUGAAACAAGUAAAGGGCCAUCCCGCCUUCGUAUCGUUGGAAGCUGUAUUCCAAGACAGCAACUACAUCUAUAUCGUAAUAGAAGCUGUCGAGGGAGUAACUCUACUUGAAUGGCUGAAACGGUCCGGUGGAAAGAAGCGGAUAUGUCACAGGCACUUGAGACCUGAAAACGUAAUGAUCACCAGUACUGGCCAUAUCAAGAUUGUAGACUUUUGA